CUAGCCGAGGGACUUUGGCAUUAUACGGCUGCCACUGCCUGGGUUACAGUCGGCGAGUACAAAAGCUCUGUAGCUCCAAGUCAUUUAAAAGGGGGGCUGUUCUGUCGUCCUCUCCUGCAGAGCGCCUUCAAGCCCGGGACCCUGUAACUCUUUCUCCUUGCAUCGCCUUAUUGUGGAGACCCUCGACUGAGCCCGAGCAAAAGUUCAGGUUAAAGAAGACGCAUUUGGAUUAAUUAACAUUUUCAACAAGAACAAAAAAAAAAAGGAUACUAGUUUUUGAAACCUUCCUCAAGUGUGUGGUUAAAGGCCAAGAAUAGCCGAUCCUGAUGCUCUAGUGGAAGAGCAACACCAGGAUCCUCACCGUACCCCUGCCUGGACUUCGGACCCUGCCCCGAGAGGUCGCCCCGUUCUGGACACUGCGUCGUGAGGACCGGGAAGUUCAGGGCGCGUUCGCAGCGCCAUGGUAACCCACAGCAAGUUUGACUCCGCGAUGAGCAGCAGCCCUCUCGACGCCAGUAUGCGGCUGCCACCUCACCGCUACAAGACCUUCAGCUCCAAGCUGCAGUACCAGCUCAUCCUGAACGCCGUCCGGAAGUUGCAGGAGAGCGGUUUUUACUGGAACACGGUGAGCGGGAAGGAGGCCAACAACCUGCUGAGCUCUGAGCCAGCCGGCACGUUCCUGAUACGGGACAGUUCGGAUAACCGGCACUUCUUCACCCUCAGUGUCAAGACUGCCUCCGGGACAAAGAACCUGCGCAUCCAGUGCGACAGCUGCUCCUUCUUCCUCCAAACUGACCCCAAGAACGCGCAGUCGGUCCCCAGGUUCGACUGCGUGCUAAAACUGAUUCACCACUAUAUGCCUUCCAAAGGGACAUCAUCCGCAGGGAACGGGAGGAGCACCUAUUUCAUUUACUCCGGCGGGGAGAAGAUCCCACUCGAACUGCUCCGGCCUCUGUCCUCCAGCAUGUCCACGUUACAGCAUCUCUGCCGGAAAACCGUCAAUGGGCACAUUGACAUCUCCAGCAAAAGGGACCAGCUGCCCCACACGGUCAAGGAGUUCCUCCAGGAUUACGAUGCUCCUAUUUAAAGCCUCCCCCGCCCUCCCAGCUGGAGCGGACAUUCGUAGAAAUGGCCUCAGUGACUUGUUUAAGGUGGAAAUCUUGUAUGUGAGGAAUCUCUGUACUGUAACCGAAGGGGCCAACUUGAUCAGAAGGAAUCUGUGUUAAAGUCUUAAAAUUAAAAUUGAAGAACAUGCAAGACAACAGGAGCGGCUGUGUAGCUAGCAUGUCACUCUAGUAUUGAGGAUGGUACAUAGUUCUCUUUCACUAGCAGGCAGUGGAUCCCGAUUGUGCCUUCUGUUUGUAGUAAGACGCUCGAGAAGGGAUCACUAGCACAGAUCUGUCCAGGAUUAAGGAAGGAGCUGGUGUUCAAUAUUCUAACCAGUGCAACUGCGACUCACGUUGUGUUUUAACACCAGUCCUUUUUAACCUCGUACCUGAUUAGCGUACCAGUUUGCUGCUCUGGCUAAGCGCCAUGUUUCGCUGUUUGAUCAGAAUGUUAUAAUGUAACAUUUAACUUCUCAUGGAGAAAUGUGACCCAGGUUUUUAGUCCCACGUUUGACUAAGACCCAGAACCAGAAGGCUGGGUGACUCAGACAUUUCCACUAGUGCCUGCCAAGUAUUGUUACCUAUUAAGUGGGUGUGGGGAUAAGAACCCACAGGACAUCAGCCCUGCUCUUCUGAGACACUGGUGAAUCAGCCCUUUGGCCUGGUCUAACUGUACGCAUUGUGAGGCUAGUACAGUUAUACAGACUAAAAGUAUUAAGUGUGUGGAAGGCUCCAUGAGAUUCCUUCACCAUGAAUCCAAACACUGUGAGGAAACCUACACCCAAGAUUUCAGAUCCAUUAUUCAGUGGAAAAUCCUGAAUGUAUCCGAAGUAAAAUACGUCUGAUGGAGCAGCCUGUGUGCCAGCAAUCACUGAGGCCAGUGUAGAGCCCUGAGGUUUGCAAAUUCUGGAAAUCCACAACUCGCAGAACAAGAACCGUCUUAUUCUGGAUGGUUUUGGAAGAGUUGUAGUUGAUUCUGGCAUUAUCUCCCAGCUCCGACGGGUGUUUUAUUUCGGUUACUGUGGCCAUCUUUGCUUGCAUGCCACUGAUGGGUGGAAAUUAUAACUGACAAGAGAGCUCUCUCCUCUUGAGAACCGCUGUGCUAGGGUACGCAUGUGAAACUGCAGGCACCUUUGCUUUCUGGUUAUUGCAAAGCAGCUCCAAUUAAGGAGAAGGUGGAAAGAGGUGACCAGGACGUCGGUAGCUGACCGAGAUUUCCAAUCCCAGCUAAAGAUAAUGUGAAGGCAAAGCUGUAGAACGAGAGUGGUGGCAUUGCAAAGCAUGAGCUAAACACACCUAGGAGCACUGGGGAGGGGGCAGGUUUAUCUGAACCAGUGUUGUCUCAAGGCCUUUUUUUUAAAUCAGAAGUGUACCCUGAUGAAUAAGGUGGCGUUUGUUUCUCAAGCACGACAGGAGAUCUGCUUGCUAAUGAAUGUAUGGGGCGGAAUCAGCCUUCCUUUCUCGGUGCCUUGCCCGUUACCGCAGAAAGGUUGGGAGUUCCAUGUAGUAUUUUUAUAAAAACAAGAAAAUGUUUACAUGUGUGAAAACAAACGGAAAACCUUUUUUUUGUCUUUUAUAAAGAUUCCACCUUAACGUCCAGCCCGAUGACUGGUAGUACAAGCUUGAAGAUCUAUGGGGAAAAAAAAAACAACAAAAAACAAAAAA